AUGAGCAAUUUAGAGCAGCAGUGUAACAAUCUGCUGGCGCAGGCCCAGACUAUGCUUCUUCGUGAUAGGUGGAGCAACGCCUAUAGUGCGUUUGUUGAAGCCUUUACGCUUGCAGAUGCUCACUAUAGAGAGGCUCCCUUAUAUAGGAAGAUAGGCACAGCCGUUUGCUAUCGGGUCUUCAAAGCGUACCUUUAUGGGGCAAUGGGGUUGGUUAAGCUGCGAGAAGGCGCGUUUCAGGAGGCAAUUGAACAGUUUACUAAGGGUGUAGCUCUUUGUCCGCACGAUUCCCUGCUUCAGCGGGCUGUUUUGGCUAAUCUGCAGCUCGGCUUUAUUUCUGAAGCACACAGGUACCUGCGUAUGCUGCACCAUCCACCAAUAACCAAUGACAAUCUUAUCUUUUCACUCAGCUAUGAAAUUCAUGUGCCAUCUUCUGAAAUCUACUCUCUGGAAGCACUACUGUAUAUGCAUCUCCGUGAUAUUGAUCGAGCCAUCUCCUCCUGUUUGACAGGCAUGAGCAUCUUGGCAGAAGAGGUUAGAACUUCCUCCUUGGGUGCCGCGCAUCAUUCCCUCAGCAAUCUCAGUGCAGAAAACCCUAGAGCACACACCAUAAAGAAUAACGACUCUCCACAGCAAACGGCCUUCCAGAAGCGUUUGUGCAUGCAUUGCUUGUCUCUCUGUGAGACGAUGAGGAUGGCAGCUGAAAUGGGUCUUGGCGUUCCAUACCUAGUCAGUGGGUCUUUAGAGCUGGUCCUCGAGUCCCUUUUCCCAACCCUUCCAAAUGGCGUUGUGGAGGGGAAUAGAAUACUAGAUUUUAGUUUACUGUCGAACCUUGCCUUUAUGACGCUUUUAGAUAACGAUGGAGACCCCACGCUUCCAGGCCGCGGUGUCACUCUUCCUGAAAUGUUGGUGACCAUAUUUUCAAUGAGCUUUAAGUGCACAAGCGAUGUACUCGCCAUUCCACUCAAGAUAACACCGUUUCUAUCCUUGAAUGUAUUCACUGACACCAUACAGACAGAGCUAGCCUCAUACUCGGAAGCUUACAGGAAGGCGAUCAUUGAUCACGGUGUUGCAUUGCUAGAUAGACGCUACUUGAUUAUACAGCCUGCAGCGCUGUCAAAAUAUGUUGAGAAGACCUAUGGACUAGUGCAUUCUUCCGUAACACCAGUGACUAAUGGCCAAGAACAUGCUUCCAGUAGGGGCAUCCAGAACAGCACUCAUAGCAUUUCUUCUAGAAGAAUAGUAAGCACUGGGGUUGAGCGAUGUCCAACCAUGGCUCCAGCUCCCAAGAUAGUCGCAAAAGUAGCCGCAAAUACUAAGUACCGCAGAGUUAUACACGUUCCAGUGACAAGAGAUCCAUUAAAGACAACCACUAAGCACCGGGGAAUCUCCUCUGAAAACCACAUAGGCAGCAAGCCUCUACAAUCUACUAAAUCAACAACCUAUAGCUCUAAACAUAACAAGCAGACCAUUGGACGGAAAGGCACAAGCAUAAGGCAGGUUAUGGAUAGAUUUGAAGGCGGACUCGCUGACCUAGACUCACACGCCGUGUUGCCCAUAGUUACUAGGAGCACCAAAGAGCACAGAGAGGAGUUAUCGUUCCUUCCCCACUCUGAUGCCAAGAUUGCCAGCAACAUUAAGGAGAUUGACAAUGCCACACAGGUUACACUAGAGAAGAUCAGCACAAUGGAUGGAGCUAUGCAGAUUUCACCAAAAGUAUACAAUCUUUAUACAAAUAAUAUAUCUACCUGCCAUGAGUGUUCAUACAGCACGCCAACCUUUGCAACUCGGAGGCUCCGAGAUGAGGAGGAUAGAGAGGGUGUCAUAAACUUGCACAACCAAGUUAGGGCCACAAAUGCCUUCCGAGACAUUAGCCUGGGGGGAAUGUACAAGAGCCAGCUUGAGAAGAGCAUGACUGGAACGUUGAGGGAACGCAUGUUUAUUGAAUUGACUCUAGAGAAGCUAGAGAAGGAUGGACUUGAAGACUUUUCCUUCUUGAAGACAGAGAAUCUUCACUUAAUCAAUAGAACCAUACUUUUUGACGGUAGCAUAGCCGCAAGCAACCCAGUAACAUCCAAAAGGAGGAUGGACGCCUCGACCGUUAAAGACUCUCUGACUUCUUCAUUACUUCACUCCUCACAUGAACCUCCGCCUCAGUCGGAAAAAGACACCUAUCAAGCCUCUCACAAUCGUACCACCCUCUCAACUGUAUCCACUCAUUCACAGAGAGAACGACUGCAUACUAAGGCAGUCACCGAGUCCACUCUUCAGAACAAUGAGCUUGCGAGUGCGGGUAGCUACACUGACGAGCCGUCAUCAGCAGAACUAUUUACUCAGUGCCCAUCUAUAACUAACUGUUCAGUCACCGAGUCCAAUUAUGUAACAGCACCAGAAGCCACCCAGGCACAGGUAUCUGUUCUAGACAGGAAACAAGUUCCUUUUCGAUCCAUUUCAAAGAACCAUAUCAAGAAGCUUGUAGCCAAGAGCAGUAAGAAGGCCAGUAUCUCUCGUAAUGCGGCAUAUCAGCAACUGAAGGAGGAAAAUCGUCUUGGGAUAGUAGCAGAUGAUAUAGAAAAUAGGAGCUCGGACGAUCUCGAUGCAGAAGAGUUAAUCAAGAAAAGAUCCAAAUUAUAUAUGCUUACCAAUAGCAGCAGCACCAGCCCCAGUCCUGAACUGAUCCUAGCGGCAAAUGAACUUAGUAAUAGAGAUUGCCUCCAAAUUGUAACCACUCCCAUUGUUCACAGCGAAACGGCAGCUCUUGCUGAAAGCAUAUUAUCUAAGAAGGCAAUGCUCAUAGAGUCUCUCCAACCCAACAACCUACUCGAUAACGCACCAGAAGUUCUCAUGGCUCCACGCGGCGAAGAUGCUAUUGGCACCGAUGGAAAUAUUACCACCUUACUUCGUCCGGUGAGCUAUUCUAGUUCAGAAGAUGAUUUUCUUCUGCCCUUGCCACAGCAGACUCAUCCUCCCAUCGAUACACAGCUACCCUUACGGUGUGCUAACAAUAAUGUUUGCGGUCACAGAGCUGGAGUCGGUCGCCCUGCUAUGUCAGUAGCGGUGCCGCAGCCGCCGGAAAGCUUCGGCUAUCUUAUAGACACGCUUCACAUUCGAGAUAUUUCAGAACCUACUGUUCCAGACCCAUGCAUGGCUACAAGCACCGGAGCUUCAACACUCAUCAGCACAACUCGUUUGCCAUAUUCUGACAAUCUUUUGUUAAAGGUAGAGUUGGAUCAAUCCACCAGAGAGUUCAAUCUAGCUACUGUAAAGGAUUCUGAUGACGCUUCUCUUCCAACAUACAAGGGAAUAAUGCAUGUGUCAGUUCGUCUUGGCACUGCCUCAAAGGCUUCGAGUGGCCAUCUCUCUAAAGCGAUCCUGGCGACUUCUAAGAAUGCCACCAGCUACAAUCUGGCUUUAGUAGACGAUGAAUGUUUGACUAUAGAGGAGAAACACCAGUCUCCAGAUCACUUGGGCACGACCAGGACAUUAGAUGGCGAGUCCUCUGAUGUCACAAACUCACCAUUAUCUGCACAUAGUUCUUCUGCUAAUAACGCAACAGCUAAAGGUUUAACAUUACCUUCCAAUUCGACUGGUGUAACUGUUACCUGCUCUAAAGGGAACAUAGAUAACAUGGAAUAUAACACAGAAUAUGACACUCUUAGCUCAACCACAAAAAGGUUUAGCGUUCCAUUAAGUAGUCUACGGACGAACAUCUUUUCAGACAUAUCUGAUACCCUUGGCCAAUCCGAUAGAGGCACUAAUGAGAUUACCUCUUCCAUACCUGUGUCAAAGACGUUUACUACUACAACGCACAACAUGGCGCACCACCCUGACAUAAUGCCAACUUCUGUUUACCUGGAACACAAGACCCAGAGUGUCCCCAAGAUGGCAAGAGCCAAGCGGAGGACAGUACCGCUGGAUGCUGUACUCAAUAAAAACACCACUGAUAUAAUAGGAGUCAGUAUAAAGAGGGUAGGACCAUUUAGUAUAUCAAGCAUGCGACCUAGCGAAAUCCAGAGAAGUAGUGGAGGAUACAAUACGGCACUAAGAAAAGAGACAAGUUUGACUUGCUUAUAA